UUUGCAGGCUGAUCAGUCUAUCAGAGCAGAGAGAGGGAGAGAGAUCAUAGAAAGUGGGUCUCGUUUUUGUUUUGCGAGAUAUACUGGCGCGCUUCUCACAUAGCCAAGCGUUGGCCUCACACAUAAGUUACAAUGUUGCUCAAACCAAAUAGGCUCCGGAACAAAACAGUCCAAAACGGAGAAGAUCCGGCUCAAAUUAAGCACUGAUGACGAGCCUUCAGAUGGUGAUGGUGGGGAGAUUUUUAGUCUUCGGCAACUGUUGCUGUGCCACAGCAAGUGAGCGAAUGAGGGGACGUGAACAUUUCCAUCUUUCUUUAGUACUGGCUGCGGGAAUGACUAUCUGCUGGCUCGUCUUCUCAUACUGUGCAUCCGUGUCUCUCACCCAGGUGAAUCGCCAGGUUGUGCUGAAUCACAGGUUACAACGUAAGCAAGCCAAACUGAUGGAACCGGUGAGGACUGACGUGUUGACUGUAACCCCGUGGCUGGCUCCUAUAGUCUGGGAAGGGACUUUUGACCCCCAGGUCAUAGACGAGGCCUUUAUGUCCCAAAACCUCACCAUCGCUACCACUGUGUUCGCUGUAGGGAGAUACAUUCGUUUUCUCCGGGACUUCUUAGAGUCAGCUGAGAAGCACUUCAUGGUGGGGCUGGACGUGCAUUACUACGUGUUCACCGACCUGCCUGGCGACGUGCCCAACAACGUGACUCUGGGUGUCGGCAGACUGCUCAGCAUUGUGAGGGUGCCGAAGUUCGACCGCUGGCAGGAGAUAUCCCUCCGCCGCAUGGAGCUCAUCCAGACUGCCAUUAAGGAUCGCAUCCACCGAGGGGCGAACUACAUAUUCUGCCUGGACGUAGACAUGAGGUUCCACGGCCGUGUGGGUCCCGAAGCUCUGGGGAGACUGGUGGGCGCCAUCCACCCCUGGUUCUACAUGUACCCCCGGAGCCAGUUCCCCUACGAGCGGAGGACCGUCUCCACAGCCUACAUACCCAUGGACCAGGGAGACUUCUACUACCAGGCCAACAUAUUCGGAGGAGCGUUGGAAGAUGUUCACCGGCUGACCAAGACGUGCAGGGAGAACCUGGAGGUUGAUAAGUCGGUGGGCGUGGAGGCUGUGUGGCAGGAAGAGAGUCACCUGAAUUGGUACCUGUUGAGGAACAAGCCCACCAAGCUCCUGUCACCGGAGUAUGUUUGGGACGACUCUAAAGGACAGGAUGCCAAGGAGAUAAAACUGGUCCGCUUCUCCUCUGUCAUUAAGAACAAGGCAGAGGUCAGGGAGAACCUCUGAGAGGAGAAAAUAAUAUAUGUCUUUGACACAAGCUGCAGGGAAGAGAGGAGAAAAGUGGAGAGGAUGGAAGGAGGAGAGGAAAGAAGGAGGAGAGGAAAGAGGGAAGGAGGAGAGGAAAGAGGGAAGGAGAGGAGGGAAGAGAGGAGAGGAGAGGAGAGGAGAAGAGAGGAGAGGGAAGAGGAGAUGAAAGAGGGAAGGCGGAGAGGGAAGAGGAGAUGAAAGAGGGAAGGAGGAGAGGAGAGGAGAGGGGGAAGGAGGAGAGGGAAGAGGGAAGGAGGAGAGGGGAGAGGAGAGGAGAGGAGACACUUAUCUUUAAUACAGACCGUUACUUUACCUGGUUAUAUUUUUGCACACUGCACUUUUGGUUCAGUGAAAUGUGGGUUUGUUCUUGUUUUGGUGUCUUUGUGAUAUAGGCUAUACUCGAAACGACACCCUAGAACUCCUGGUUAAGAAGUGCACUAUUUAGGAUGCCAACUCAGACUUAGCCAUCUUUACUUUAUGUACCAUGGGGUCCAUCGUUUUUGGCAUGUUUGAUGAAGAUGAGGAAUAAAUACUGUAUAAAAUAAAUAAUACUAUAUUGUAAGCCUA